AUGGCUAAUCUCGAUCUCGAGCUGAGUUUAAGGCAAUAUGUACCAUGGACCAUAAAGAAGACACUUCAAGAACGCGACCUUGAAUUUCCGUUUCUUAUACCGAAGACAGAUAUGGUAGAUUACAUACUUCCCGAGUUGGAAAGUGAUCCAUUCAAGCCUAUAAAAGCAAGUGAUAUGUUGAACGGGAAUGUCCGUUUAAAAGUACUUGACUUGGAUACUGAUGUGACUUACCCCAUGGGACUAUCACAACUUCGUGUAGACAAUAUGCCGGGUAAUUACUAUUUGAGAGACUAUUGGGCACAACUCAUGCAAGAUAGACAACUCCAGGAAGGAGAUGUGAUUGGACUCUAUUGGGAUAGGUCGAAUCACCAGUUCUGUUUUAGCGUCAUAAGUCUUGUGCAGCCUCGUCGUAGCCGUGCUCGUGACUCGUGA